GGCUAAUAUUUGUUUCCUGUUCAUGUGAUUUAGUAUCGUGUAGUGAGUUGCUUCGCCGUGUCUUUCGGUCGUGUGCAUGUGGAAGGUCAACGAAGUUAUCUAGUUGGAAAGUCGUUCGUAAUGGCGACCAGCAAGUAUCCAAUAGUGGUGGAGGGAGAGGCAUCGGAGACUGAUUCCGAUGAGGAGAUAUAUAUAACUUCGGUCGGUGCAGCACACUCGACUGAAUCCGGUUUAAAAGUUCUUGGAGAAGCACCGGAGACUGACAGCGAAGGCGAGCAGGAUAACAUACAAAAACUUGUUACUGGAGAAAACACUGAAAUAACGCCAAAACUCAGUAAGGAAAUACCUCUGCUUGUCGUCAGUAGCACCAAAGACCCUGCUUCGACGCUGGAGGAGUUUCCCGUUUGCAAACUCGUGUCAGGCAGUCCCUGUAACACAUUACUGCAACAGAAAUUGCAAGAAACCAAUGCACGGCUGUGCAGCGACGUGGCACACACGCUCAGACAGGUGUAUCAAAAUGCCACUAGAGAGAUUCAGGUGGCAACAAGUCACUUCGGCAAUUCUCAGAACGGAAUAAUCAAUGCUUCUCAUAGCAUCCGGCUUAUUGUGGAAGAUCUUAAGUCUGUCAGUGAAAAGAUUGACAUAAUUACUACUUGUAACCUACUUCCAGACAUAAUCAUUAACUCUUCUUAACUGAACUGUAAGAUUUUUAUGGAUAGAUUUUUUUAAAUGUUAUAUUUGAGACUAAGGUGAACAUUGUCUUAAAAACAAAUAUUACUUGUAUGCAUUUUGGUCAAAUUACCCUGUGUUCUGGUAGUCAUACUAAUGUAAAUGUUUAGUUUUAAUGUUUUUUAAAGUUACAUUAAAGUCACACCAUAAAUACAACAGUAA